AUGGCGAAUAACUCGUUCCGAGACUCUGUCAACUCAUUAGGGUGGUCGCGUAGAGAUCCGGAUCUCCCCGUGCGCACCGGAGCGUCAUCGAACGCAACAUUCUUAUCUCGUCUACAAUCUUACAACCCGUUCGGUGAGAGCGGCUAUGUUCAACUACCCACUCACAAUGAUGGCCCUGGAGCCCCAUUACCGGCAGCCAGUCGACGAGAAGAAGAAGAGGGCUUUUUUGCUUUGAGUAGGUGGGACCGCAUGCUCAUCUUUGGCGCAUGUAAUUUGGGCGCCGCCAUAUGUUUCAUGCUAUGCUUCUUCUUGUUUCCUGUCUUGACACUCAAGCCCCGCAAAUUCGCCAUUUUAUGGUCCGUCGGCUCAGUCCUGUUUCUGAUAUCAUGGGCGGUUCUCAUGGGACCAUGGACUUACGCUAAGCAUUUAACUUCGGGUUCACGGUUGCCAUUCACAGCGGCCUAUUUCGGAUCGAUCGCCCUCACGCUCUAUUUCGCCAUCGGCCUUCAGAAUCUUCUUCUCACUCUCAUCUCCUCAAUCUUCCAGCUCGCUGCCCUCGUCUGGUACCUCGUCAGCUAUUUCCCAAUGGGCAGUACUGGUCUACAGUACGUGGGUCGUUUCGGAGCAUCGCGUGUUACUGCCUGGAUUAGUGGUUGA